UUCCAGAGAGAAAUGAAAAUACAGAGAGAUCAUCGGCCAAACAAGAUCACAGCAAUAUAGAGAGAGAAACCAUACAUAUAUAGAGAGAGAAAGUGAUAGAAGUCACGUGUCUCUCCUCCCUUUGUGUUCUUUUUUUUUUUUAAUCAUCUUCUUUCUUUCGGUUUCCGUUACAAAAUUUUCUCUUUUUUUCCUUUUCUGUAUUUCGCUUUCACUUAAUUUCUUCUGUUCGUUUCUGCGGGAAAUUGGUGAGCCGUUUCGGCCUUUUUCCGAGGCUUCUUGACGGUGGGUUUUGCUUAUAUACCUGUAAAGGUGCUCUCUUGGUUCAGUCCAUAUAUCGCUUCUCCAAGAGAGUUUAAAGGGAAACAGAGAGAUUGAAAGAAAUGGAAGGAAACAAGCAAUCCGGUUCUUCAUUGACUUCUGAUCUUUUCGGGGUGAAAGACUCAUCCGGGUCAUCUCCCCCAACACUUUUCGCGUCCAUUUUCGCACCCCCUUCAAAGGAUUCCAUGCGUCCUGAGAUGGUAAACUGGAAGCAAGAUCCCGGGACUCAGGUGUGGAAUGCCAAAGGCAGUACUCCUAGCAGUGAAGUUGCAAGCCAAUGGACACAGAGUAAGGACACUAGCCUGUUUUAUCAGGAGCAGAAAUCGCAACCAAGUUCUUUGUGCUCAUCAAUAUACUAUGGGGGCCAAGACAUCUAUCCUCAUCCUCAAAAUAACAACAGCGAGUUCUCAACUUUCAAGAAAGAUAUUGGAGAGGAUGAGCAAGGAAGUGUGUCCAGAGGAAACUGGUGGAAAGGGUCUUUCUAUUACUAAGAGCUCACCACUAAAAGGCGUGCAUAUUUCACAUAUAUAAUUACCUAGGUAGCUGUGAACAUAUGGUGGGAGACCGUUCUACCCCUCUACCCCGUUGUAAUGUAGACUAUAGAUAGUGGGCAGUAAUUAGGCAAAGACAGCCUCUUGCUGGUUUCGUUUUCCAAAUAUCAGUCAUUAUAUGUCAUUGUAGUAGUUUUCCUUUCUUCUGUUUUACCUCUACUGUAUAGGAUAACAAAGUUUGAUGCUUUUAUCAGAAGAGAAUCAAUUGUCUUUUGUUCCUAUCAUUGAGGGGAGAUAUAUGUGUCAGU